UUUUGUGUAUUUUCAAUGGCCGAUACAAUCCACCCGAUCUACCUUUCACUGCAUGUACUGCAUUAAACGAAAAUAAAGGGAUCUUCUUGCUUUUUUAACAUUUUAAAAAUGGCUUGUUCUGCAGUACGUUCUCCUAUUUUACGCAAUUCAUCAGUAAGAAAUUAUACAGCUGCAGCAGCAAAAGCUGCAAAUAUUUCACCAGCAGCUACUACUAUUGCUGAUUCCCAAGUUUUAAGUAAUAAAAUUACUGUUGCUGCACUUGACAACAAUAGUCCAGUGACUCAAGUGUCAAUUGUCUUUAAAGCUGGACCACGGAAUGAAACUUAUGAUACUCAAGGUAUCUCACAUGUUUUACGAUUAGCAGCAGGGCUUACAACAUCUCGUGCAACAACAUUCGGUAUUACCCGAAAUAUUCAACAACUUGGUGGAAAUUUAUUUGCUACAAGUGAUCGUGAAUCAAUUGCUUAUACUCUUCAAGUAACUCGUAAUCAUUUAAAUGAGUCUCUCAAUUUCUUAGAGGACGUAGCAACACGCCAGGUAUUUAAACCAUGGGAAAUAAAUGAUUUAUCACCGCGAUUACGUUAUGAACUUUCAACAAUUCCUGAAGCAACACGAUUACUUGAACUUUUACACAAAGCAGCUUAUCGUACUGGCUUGGGUUACUCUUUGUAUUCUCCAAAACGUCAUAUUGAUAAAAUACCAUCCGAAAGUUUGCAGCACUUUGUCAAUACCUGGUUUACAGGACCAAGAUGUGCUGUAGUAGGUACUGGUAUAUCAUUGUCAGACUUAUCUAGCUUUGCAAAUACUUUAAAUGUUGGAUCAGGCGAUGGAAAUCCAUCAUCAGCUAAAUAUUAUGGUGGAGAAAUACGUAAAGAACGUAAUUCUCCUAUUGCCAGUGUUGCACUAGCUGUCGAGGGUUCAGGUUUUAAUAAUGACAAAGAUGCGUUAGCAUUUGCUAUAUUACAACAAGCUGCUGGUACUGGCCCUCAUAUUAAGUGGGGAACAACAACAGCUCCAUUGCAGCGAAGUGUUAUUUCAGCAGCUGGCAAUGAUCCGUUUGCUAUUUCUGCUUUUAAUGCCAGUUAUUCUGAUUCAGGACUUUUUGGAAUUAUUAUCCAGGCGCCUGCUAAUGUUGCUGGACCGAUUACCAAAGCAGCUUACAAAUGGAUGAGCUCUCCGAAUAUCACUGACGCUGACAUUGCUCGAGGAAAAACCGAAUUGAAAGCAUCAAUUUUAUAUGCCAGUGAUAAUAAUACAAGUCAAUUGGAAAAUCUUGCUCAGCAAACAUUAUUUAAAGGACGUCCAGUGUCUAGUACUUCUCUUGCUGCUGAAGUUGAUAAAGUUUCAUCAACAGAUGUUAAAAAGGCGGCUGGAAAACUCAGUGGCAAAAUUUCUAUGGCAGCCAUUGGCAACCUUUCAACAGUUCCGCACAUAGAUCAAUUAAAUUAAACAUAGUAGAAGUGAAAAAAAAAAAAAAAAAAAAAAAAACGAUAAUAAUAAUAAUAAUAAUAAAUCACCAUUAAUAGUACCGUAACUAUUGUUAUUUAUAUGAUAAUAAAAUGUAACAAUGAAAAUAAUACACAUAUUAAAUGUCAUCUGUUGAUAAGGAUGAUCAAAAAUCCAAUUACAAUUAAUGUAAUUGUGUACAUAAUAAUAAAAUAUUAAUCGUUAAUUA